UAGGUGGUCAGGCAAAGAAACAGAGCGCAGCGCAUCCAGCAGGGGAGAAAUCAAUCCCAUCCCAUCCCACACCACACCUCCUCCUCCUCCUCGGAUCGCCCCCGCCUCGGCCUUUUGCCAUCAUCAUCGUCUCAUCGUCCUCCCCUGUCGAUUUUCUCCCCCCAAACACACGGUCCCAAGAAUCAUUCACACACACACCACCCCUCCCCGAGAGAGAGAGAGAGAGAGAGAGAGAGAGAGAGAGAGGUCCUCCUCCCAUUCUCCCUCGCUGCCAUCUCUCUGGGUCUCCUCUGCCCGCACCGAUGGAUCUCCUCCUCCCCCGCUAGGAGGACACACGACUGGGUACAGCAGCGGGGAUGGGGCUCGGGCGGAGGCCGUGGCUGCUGCUCCUCGGCCUCGCGGUGGCCUUCGCCUUCGCCGCCGUGGACGCCUCCGAGGGCGACGCCGAUCCGCUCUACAAAGCUUGUGUUGAAGAAUGUCAGAAGACGGGCUCCCUGAAAGAGACUUCUAUUAAACACUGUAUGCCGCCAACUGAUGGGCAGCCUUCUGACAAAUCAUGGUACACACAUGAGCCACUGUACUUGCAAUGGAAAGAGUGGAACUGCAAGAGUGAAUGCAGAUACCACUGUAUGAUGGAAAGGGAAAAUGAAAGGAAAGAGCUUAGCCUACAUCCGGUUAAGUAUCAUGGCAAAUGGCCUUUGACGCGGGCUUCUGUGUUUCAGGAACCUUUAUCUGCUGCUCUCUCUGCACUCACUCUUGUCCUGCAAUUUAAUGGGUGGCUAUCAUUUUUCCUGUUGCUUUAUUAUAAGCUACCUCUAAGGCCGGAAACUCAUAAGACAUACUAUGAAUAUACUGGCUUGUGGCACAUUUAUGGGCUCCUAUCCAUGAAUUCAUGGUUCUGGAGUGCCAUAUAUCACAGUUGUGAUACUACUUGGACAGAAAAGCUGUAUUUUUCAUCGGCUGCUGCCUUUCUGGGGUGCUCUCUCAUUUUGGCGAUACUGCGAACUUUGAAUUUAAGAGAUGAAGCUUCUAGAGUUAUGGUUGCAGCUCCUAUUCUGGCUUUUGUGACAACCCACAUUUUGUACCUCAACUUCUAUGAACUCGACAAAGGCCUGAACAUGAAGGUCUGUAUUGCAAUUAGCAUGGCUCAGUUUCUCCUGUGGGCAUUGUGGGCUGUCAUGACCAGGCAUCCUUCACGCCUGAAGAUCAUAUUUGUUGCUGUCGGAGGUGUCGUUUCAGUGUUUCUGGAAGCCUAUGACAUUCCUCCACAAUUGGGAUAUGUCGAUGGCCGCGCAUUCUGCCUUGCUGUGGCUAUCCCCAUGUCGUACUUUUGGUGGAGCUUCGCCAAGGAAGAUGCUGAGAUGCGCACAUCAGCAAUCAUGAAGAAGACGCGAUAAUGAGCCUGUUAGGGCAGAUACCAUCUGCCGUCUGUGUUAUAAUUUAUGUGUGCACCCAGCCUCUGUAAAGAUGUAGUUUCACAUGUAAUUUUAGGUUACUCAGUAUGUUAAUUAUCGUCUAUUUUUCCACGAUGUUUCUUGCCUUAGUUCAAAAGGGCAUAAGGUUUAAGGGGCCGCUUCUGUUUUUUAAUUUACAAGGCAACUGAACACUCUGUAGGCUCGUGCUGUUCAUCUCUUAUAAAUUCAGAAGAUUGUUGUGAUGCUUUA